AUGGAUAAAAACCAGGAAAACAGUUUCUACGCUUCACAAACCUUCUCAACCUCUCCCCAAAAUGGACUCCCCUCCUACGGCGAGGUCAUUUCCGGUUCCUCCCAGAAUACCACGCCUCCUGCAUCCCAGCCUAAAGGAGCCAAAUUAACCACCAAAACCCUAGAUUCAUCUCUUGCAAAAGAUCCACAUGAGCUUCACAACUUCAUCCUCCGGCAGGCGAGUAUCCCGCCUUCCAUCUCGUUGGUGGUCAAAGGCACGCACGAGGGGAAUAAUGAUCACACUGUCGAGGACUUUCACUUUUGUAUUGACAUUACGAGCGAUAUACUCAACCCACAAAGCCAAGGGCCACACUGGGCCGAUAUUCAUAUCGUGGCAGAUGGCGAUGGACGGAAUGUAUAUCGGGGUGGAAGACAUCGUUCGCGAAGAGAUAAAAAGAGACAUCUUGAAGAUGGAAAUGAGCCUGGGUUGAUGGGCUGGUGUAGGCGGUUCUGCGGUGAUUCUGCCAAGGUCAAAUCCUUCACCUUGAAGAGGAAGAUCCAAGGCUUCAACUUUCCAGCCGUGAAGUCCACCCUGAAAUCGUACCUCCGCGUAAUCAACUAUCGCGGCAAGAUCAGCAUGAAGAUCGCCAUGGCCAACACGAAAUCUACAGUCUACUCCGCGAACUGGGUGAACCGCCUACGAAACAACCGAUGCGUGGCCGGACUUUGCUAUGUCUCCCAGCUGUGGAUCUUCACCUGGCCAACUAUCAAGUUCCUGGAACGCCGGUAUAAAGUUGUCGAAUCAACAUGA